AUGUUCGGGACGGUUGGGCCGGCGGGUCGGCAGGAAGGCGCCAAUGUCUGCGGGAUGUCCUGGCCGGGGAGGGGCCGGGAAGUCCUGGUGCUCCCUGCUCCCGCUCUUCCGAACGCCGCCGACGCCGCGAUUUUUUUUUCGCGCGCGCACAUCGAUGCCGAGCCCGCUGAGGUGGUGGGCCGCAGGCUGGCAGAGCUAGAGCUAGAGCGUCGAAGCGGAGGUCCGCACCUCGUAGGGAGGUCCUCGAACCCUGAAGACGGCCCCAGGCUCCAGCCUCGCAGCACGAGUCUCAAAGAGGUCUCUCAAGCAGCG